AUGGAGAAUGAGUCCAGAUGUUGGCAGGAACAUAUUUGGGAACGAAGAGCGAAUCAGAAAAUCCUGCCAAGAACAACUCAGCUUCCCGAGAGGGUUGGUACCGACGACAUUCUGGACUAUGCAAUUGGCAAGCACACGCUUGCAUUCGCAAUUCAACGGAGAUCAACCACGUGGACGGCAUUGCCAUCCCACUUUAAAAAGCCGUACGCGACCACAACAUGGUGCCAUGCGAUUGAGCUAGCCGCUGCCCUUGGCAUAUACUGGAAGGAUUUUGACCGCUCUCAAGACAUAUAUCGAGCGCAAGGAAAUGGUUAUGUUAUCAAAAGCAGCAUUGCGCCAGAUCUCGGCACAGUCCUUACAUUCCAGGUUCACGGAAGAAGCCGAUUCGAGCAAUUUCGCCUCAUCCCCAAGGACGAAAUUAAAGAACUUUGCUUUGGUCUGGUUCCUACGAUAUUUCGAUCGGGAGACACACGGAGACUUUAUUUACAAUCCAACAACACUACGCCUACGACUGAGAUUCUACACUUAGCCAACUUGGAUGAGAUCGCUCAGUCACUGGCCGUCAUAGGCUGCAACACGUGGGCUACUAGAUUGGUUUCAGAAAAUAAGAUUGGCUCACACAUCUUCCCUGUUAUCUUCGAAAUUAUAGGGAUGGUAGCCAAGUCAUUACAUAUCAAGUAUAGCGUGUUUCGCAUGCUACCAAACCCAACACCAUACAAAUGGGAAACCAAUGCCUCUUCGCUGACCUUGAUGAUGCAGUCAUUCUUGCAUCAUUGUAACGAGUCUGCCAUGCACAAUACUGCAGCCAGAAACCAGACCUUCGUUCAAAGAGAGAUACAACGAAGAGCACAAGCCAUUCUGGAGUGUGGGAGCCAGAGUGAAAACGGCAACACAGAUGUCGACCUCAUUGAUUUGUUACAUACAUACAACAUGCGAGAACGCGCCGUAAUGAUGAAGAAUUACACUACAAAUUCUAACCUGAUGCGCUCCCCGAGUGACACUGAAAAGCCGGGUGAGAGCACCAGAUCUAAGGAACAGAAGGCUGAAGAAAUCUUGAGACGUAAAAGGAAAGCUCUUACGUUGCUCACUUUACGCAUUCAUAUUCAAGUAACACUUGCUGGUCUCCAAGAGGGAACAACACCUUCAACCCGGCUGGAUAUUGAGAGUGUUGAAGGCUCGGCUGACUUCGUAACGUGGAACGAGCUAGAGCGCGUACCGCCGGAGCUAAGACAAGCAAAGCUUAUAGAGCUUUACUUCCGGAUUGUUAGGCCUAAGGUCAUUUCUGAGGUUGAGAAACUGGCCAGCAAUCUGGACAUCUCUGCCUCUGUUAGUGACACCGAUCCUGAGGAAAGCAAGCCCGGUCAGGCAGAUACAACUGAGAAUGAUUCCGAGAAACUACCGCUUUGGCAGGUAAAGAAUGUGAGCUGCGAAGACAUAUGGUAUACCUUGGUGUUCCGGUCGAUUUGCUGGCUGAUGCUUCAUAACUUUCAUCCAGACGAUAUACAGAUUUCGAAGAGCGAUUUGUUUGGUAGUCGUUUACCGGUUUACAUAGCAUGA